GUCGAAUACCACUCCGGAACCUGUCCACACGCCGUAUUUUGGGGACUCAGGCCUCGCACCACGCCUGCCUCUCGCCUCCCGCACACACUGGCCCUCCGCAUAUUUGCUCUCGCCGCCCUCCUCUCCUGCCCGGCCCCGUCGUGCCCUGCCCGGCCCUGCAUUUACGCUUUGCACCUCUGUUUCAGCCGCAUCUCCCUUUGUAGCCCCGACGCCUCGGACACGGUGCGACAAUUCCUCGGCCUUUGCUGACGCAGCCCCGUCGAACAAAGCAAACACACUUUUGCUGGCAACUGUUUUUGGGCCCAAGCCCAACCAUGACUGUCCACAAGGAACCCAUCAGCGUCCGACCCGCCAGCCAGCAACGGCACUCGUCCAGUACCAUGGCCGGCUCGCUCCCCAAGAACCGUCCGCACUCGCACUCGAUAUCCGCCGCCAACCUCAACCCGGCCCACCGCGUCACACGCCGGAAGAGCAUGAGCCAGACGCCCGUCACCAACAUUGCUGCCAUUGCUGCCGCCGCCAAGGGCAUGUCCGGGGCGCCGCUCGAGAGUGCAAGCGGCAGCAACAGCAGCAGCGGUCCGCGCCGCUCGUCGAAGCCAGCCUCGCAGUUCAGGGGGCCCAGCGCCGCAUUGGGCGCGGCCAACAUGGCGUCGAGCAUGCCCGGCAAUGGCGCGCAGUUCGCCUCAAGCAGUUACGGGGGUGCUGCCAAGAGCGAGGCGCUGACGGACGGGCCUACGCUGGCGACAAUGCUGGAGCAGGACAAGGCAAAUGCAAAGUCGCGCAACCGCCGCGCGAGCGAGGGCUCUCGCCUGUCCAAGGGCGACGGCAAGCGAAGUGGUAGCGAUCUGAGAUGUGAAAAAUGUGGGAAAGGCUACAAGCACAGCAGCUGUCUAACCAAGCACCUAUGGGAGCACACGCCCGAGUGGCAGUAUACAUCCAAGCUGCUCAUCUCCAAGCACCAGCAGGUCCAGCUGCUCGAGGCCGCCUCGGUCCUCGUUGCCAUGAACAAGGAGAGCGAUGGCGAGCACAGUGAUCGCUCGUCACCUCCCGCUUCGGGCUCAUCUGACCUGCGCGACGACUUGAGCUCCACUGAAACUACCCCGCCCCCGCAACUCGACGACCAUGCCCUAGGCUCUUACCCUCACUCCCACUUUGGCACCCGCUCCAUCAAGCGCUACUCGACCAAUAGCUCUGCCUACAGCCAAUCCUACCAGUCGACCGUCUUUUCCGACAACGGCAAUGCGCACGGCCAUCUGCGCCAGUGGAGCAACGUCUCGGACCGCCCCACCACUUCUGGCACCUCGGUUGCCGGCUCCUACCACGACGACACCAAUGACCAUGCUGACCUUGCUGCCGCCGUCGGCCUGCUGAGCUGCUCGUACGGUACCCCCAAGACCGUGCCCGUCGCUCUCCCGCCCGACGUGCCGCCCGUGCCCCCGCUACCCGCAAAGUACUUUGACCUCAACCCGCGCUCCCUGUCAGCCAGCACCACCGUCACCGCCCAGCAGUCGAGUAUACGCAACAGCUACCGCCACCCCAGCGAGUCCAAAGACGUCGACAUGGAAGACGACCACUUUGCCGACGAGGACGACUACCGCUAUUCCCACGCCCGCAGUCGCGCCCGCAUCGACGAGGAUGACGACGAAAUCUUUGGCAGGAUGGAGGAGUAGCACUCACCGCCUCCUGCACACACACACACACACACACACCGCACACACUCGACACGCCCCUUGACGACGUCCCGGCUCCUUGUUUACCCAUUUGAUUCUCUCCGUCUGCGCGUUCCACCACCAUUUUCCUCUUCUGUACUACAAACGAAACAUUGGUUAUUUAGCGAUCUAUCUCCGCAUAGUAACUGGACCCAGCCUGCACACCGAUGAGAGGGCCUUCAGCAGUUUCCACCAAACCCCC